UCGAUCCCCGGCCGCGUCAUACCAAAAAGACGUUAAAAGAUGGUACUUGUGUGUUCCCAUGUCUGGCCGUUGGCAUUAAGGGUUUUAACAAGGACUGGUCGUUUCGGAGACAGUAUACUGUGGGGUAUUCAUGCACGUUGCUAUAUAAGUGCAAUUAUCUUGGACGCUACGUUAAACCCCAUUUCACCUUACCAAUAAUGCUGAUCAAACACACAUCUCGGUGUGAAUGUAUUGUAUGACGAUUGUAUUGCUGCUUUAGAAGGCGGAUGUUUACUCCCAGCCAGGCGGUGAAGGGGUGGCUGUGAAGUAGUUCGCUUGGUUUAAUUCAUGUCCUCGUACCACCGUCUGCACAGGUGUGAGAUAACGGCAGAUAUCAUAUAGCGUGUCAUAAAUUUGGGUCAUGGUGACCUCACUGUCGUGCUGAAGAGGUAUGUGAGGAAGUUCACCAACUGCACAUUCACCGCCAUUCUACUGAGGUAUGUACCCGACUCGCUUCUCUACACAUUCAGUCAGGGUACACUGAGGACGACGUCAUGGACGGACACCACAUCAAUAGGAAACAAGUCAUGGACCUCCUUCAGUCAGAACCAUUCCACUUCACACUGAAAGAGCUGAAUAAACAGGAGGAGUUUCUCUUCUGGGCCGUCAUGGCGGGGGCAGAGUCCAUGGUACGUGAUUGUUUGUCUCAAGAAGCAUACGACAUCAACAGACGCGUUCAUAAACAGAGGACAGCAUUAAUGGCGGCAGCGGUAGGCGGAGAGCAGACGACAUACAAACUGCUUCUGUUCGAGGGUGCAGACCUGACCUUGACUGACGAGGAUGGUAACAACUGUCUUCAUCUUGCUGUUGAAGGAGGCAGUGUGCCCAUUGUUGAGGAUGUGUUGUCUAGGAACAUGUUGGACAUCAAUGCAAGGGGCCACCGUGGCCACACAGCCGCCAUGGUUGCAGUUGUAAACAGACAUGUAGACGUUUUUGACGUCUUAGUUGCUGCGGGGGCCGACCCCUACAUCCAAACAGAUAACGGCAAUGACUGUUUGUAUGCAGCAAUAGUUCUAGGACAUAUGGCCAUACUCAAGAAGAUGGUUAAACUGACAACUUUUUGCAUCAGUCGUACAGAUCAGAAGGGCAGGUCCCCAGUGAUGGCAGCAGUUCUGCAUGGAAGGCAGCAGAUAUUUGAUUAUCUGGUACUGGAGGGGGGCGACAUUUCCGAGACGGAUGAAGAUGGGAAUGAUUGCUUGAUUCUGGCAGCAAUGGGAGGGUCUGUAGACAUUGUCAAACAUCUAAUAUCUAUGAGUAUAUUCCACAUAAACAAACAAAAUGUGAAAGGAAUAAAUCCAGUAUUGGCCGCAAUUAGCGAGGGUCAUCAGGACGUGUUCGAUCUUCUUCUGUCGUUAGGGGGCGAAGUUCCAGGUAACUGUGACUGUCUCAUGAAGUCCGUUAAAACAGGAAAUAUCCACAUCAUCAAGACGCUCCUCUCCAUGAAGGUGUUUGAUCUAAACACACGGGACCAUCAGGGAUGGACUCCGGCCAUGAUGGCUGCGAUGUAUGGGUACGUGGACGUAUUCCAGAUCCUGACGUCCGAAGGUGCUGACCUCUCCCUGGUAGAUGCCGAUGGGAACAACUGUCUGAUAUUGUGCAGCGUCAGUGGCGAGGCGGCGAUGGUGCAGCACAUUCUAUCACUAGAUUGUCUGGACAUCAACGCUCGUGGGUUCGCGGGCAUGACGGCUGUAAUGGCUGCCGCUAGUGAAGGAAGAGAGGCUGUGUUUGACCUUCUGGUGAAGGCGGGAGCAGACCUGUCUCUCCUGGACGACGACGGUAACAACUGCCUGACGCUCUCUCACAUGGGAGGGAAUGCAUCUAUAGAAACGUCCCUGAUGUCUAUGGACUGAAUAAUGUACGGACAGACAGGAGUGAUGGCCGCCGUCAUGUCACGUGCCCGGGGAACUGAUGUAGAAGCCGAAGCUUGGUUCGUGUGUAGCCGACUACGGCAUUUUUCUGAAAUCUCUCUCUCUCUCUCCCUCUCUCUCACACGCUCUCUCUCCCUUUCUCUCUCUCUCUCUCUCCCUCUCUCUCUCACGCUCUGUCUCCCUUUCUCUCUCUCCUCUCUCUCUCACGCUCUCUC